AUGACUUCGAAGCAGUUGACAGAGAUUUCUCGCUGGGAUCUAGAGAACGGGGCGGCUGUAGCAUCAGUGACUGAUGUCCGCCAUCUGUCCUCGUACAACUGGCUAGAGGCCUCUGAACCCACAAUUGCCGUCCCAGGCUGCCCUCCACUUUGGUCUCCCCCCGAAGCUGCGCGCAUGGUGUCUAAGGACUCCGGUUUGAUUUAUAUAGCGCAGAAUGCCGCUCGUCACCCGGAAUAUCCGCUUGAACCACUGUUCCGGGCCUUAUACAUUGACCAUCCUUCAUUCGACCUCCAAUCGGUUGAUCUCAUAACCGAUCGAAACAAUAUCCGCAAACUCCUAUCAUUCAUCAACCCUACCACCAGCAAGAAUGGACUUGAGUCUUUCACUAUCAAUGUUGAAGUAUUGAAAAACACCGUCAUUUUCUGUCGUGCAGAAACUGAAACCAAGAAGUUCAUCCAACCGCACGAAUUCAUAGGUUACGGUCACGAAUUUGAGAAGGCGUUUACUACUGAUAGGAUCGGUGCUAGUACCGGACAUCAUAGGCUUAUCUCCUAUCAGUUCAGCGACUUGAAGAUUAUGGUGCGGUAUGAAACUGAUGGAUACAUUGAUAGACCCAUAAGGGAAAAUUUGGAGAUCGAAAAUGACAUCCUAGCCUGCAUGAUACAGUCUUUGUCCCUCGGCUCUGUCUCUACCGCUCCUGCUAGCUCUAAGUUAAGGGUAAAGAGAGCAGGAGAGGCCGUGGGUAUCGACUCGACAUUAGAGAUCAAAACUCGCGUCUCUCACAAACCUAUCGACUUAAAAGAAGUCCUUCCGCAGCUGUGGGUAUCUCAAACACCAAAUCUCGUCGGCGCCUACCACAAACAUGAAAGCCAUCAGCCGGAUCUUAAAAAUCUAGCCACAUUGAUUAAGAAGAUCAUACUUGUCGUUAAGGGUUACCAAGGAAACGCCGUUAUCAAAUAUGAUCAACAUAUUGAUAAGUUGGUCAUUUGGAAAAAUGAUGGGCCAAAGAUGUUGCCCGAUGAUCUAUACUCCAAGCUUGACAACCAUGAAUCUACACAGGAUUCGACCUCGGCCGCAGCAUCUAACAAAACAAAAAUCAGAAUUGGGGAGGUCCUUUACAACAUCGAUAUCUCAAGAAUACCAUAUCUAUCUGCCUUCGUGAGGUUCCCAAGGACUGCCCAGCCCCAGACUUCAGAGUUUGUACAUGGUCCCAUUCCUUUGUUUGAUACCGCUCUCAAAGGCCUCGAGUCGGGCUACCGAACCUGCUUUCGCUCUCUACCGGCGGAUUUGUCCCAAUUCCACACUCUUUGUGAUACGUAUGACUUUCUUAAGAUUGACGUUCUUGAAGGUCAAUCAAUAGAUGAUAUUAUCAUCCGCCUGAAAGCUGGCAAGACUGACUAUGAACUCGAGUACAAGCGUUAUCGUGCUAUUAGGGGCGACAAAUCCACAGCAAGAGAUGCACCAUUCCAACUUUUAUUUCUAAUUCUGCUUUUCGAGUUCAAAAAUCCAACAAAAGAUAGCAACAAGGUUUUCAAUGCUGUUCUAUUUGUUGUUUCUCAUUCAGGGACUUUCAAAUGGCGUUUAAGGACUGUGGUGCGCGCCGCCUAUGAGGAGCGCUUCGUCGUAUCUUCCAAACAAAAUGCGAUGCUGGACCGGUGGAUAAAACCCAAACCUGCUGAGGACAUAUCAGAUGACUAUGUGACGACAGAGGAUGAUUUUUCGGACUAUUACUUUUCCGAUGAGUCUUGA